UUUUUACGACUACUGGGGUUGAGGGGUGGGUUUAUUGUUUGGGGGAAGGUGGGAAGGAUUGGAGGUAUCGAGGCCCCUCAGCAUUGUGCUGGUUUAAAUGUCCAGUCCACGCGGAGAGAAGCAGCCAUGGUUUUCAUAGAUGUCUGGGCUUUGUCAGGCAGUCAAGAAGAAGCAACAACUAGAACGGUAUCUCCUGCACAUAAACUGCCCCUCAAGAAUGAACAAAAAGAGCCUGAAGAAUCUACAUGGGUCUUAUGUGAUUCCGACUCCUCAGGUUACACGGACCAUUCGUCUGAUGUGAUCGAAGUCGAAGAAGAAGCAGAAGCAGAACAGAUUCAUAUUGGCAAUCGUCUCAAAUCUGAAAAUGUCAUAACCGCAAAUGAACCUGUGGCGGAGAUCAUAUAUGUCAUAGACAGUGACGAUGCAAAUGACGUCAGCGCCUCCGGUGCUAUGGCUUGUGAGAAUGGAAACUGGACUACCAAGCACACAAACUAUAAACGGGAAGACUCAAGCCAAGAUUCAGGCCCGGAACUUCAGAACUGUGGGACCGCAUCAAACAUUCGACAAAAAAAGAAACUUAUAAAGAGAGCGAGUCACAUCUCCUCAAGCGAACGGUCGGAAGCCUUGCAGAGCACAGCCAAACGGAAACGCAAGAAACGCGGCCCGAAGAAAGGAUUCAAAACUGAAGCGGUAUAUUGUAAGCAAGAGGAGAAAUAUGACCAUGAGAAAGGCAAAGGUGAGCGGAGGAGGUCCAAGGGAGGGAGCAUUUCAUGUGGCCUUGGAUCAGAUGGCAACCAAACACCUGAUCUGCAAAAGAGGAAGUCCAUCACCAAGGGAUACAACAAAACUGAAGCGGUAUAUUGUAAGCAAGAGGAGAAAUACGACCAUGAGAAAGGCAAAGGUGAGCGGAGGAGGUCCAAGGGAGGGAGCAUUUCAUGUGGCCUUGGAUCAGAUGGCAACCAAACACCUGAUCUGCAAAAGAGGAAGUCCAUCACCAGGGGAUACAACAAAGUCACCCCGUGCAGCGCCAUCUACACACAGCCAGACCAGGCACGCCGAAAGGAGACUAUUGAGAGGAUUAUGAAUGGGAAACUGGACAUUGAAGGCUUCUGUUUGUGUUGCGGGAGUGACGAGGUGGAGAUUUUCCACCCUCUCUUCAAAGGAGGUCUCUGCUUAAAAUGCAAAGACAACUUCACAGAGACCUUGUAUCGCUAUGAUGAAGACGGCUAUCAGUCCUACUGCACCAUCUGCUGCUACGGCCUAGAGGUCAUCCUAUGUGGAAAUGACGGCUGCUGCAGGUCCUACUGUAAUGACUGUCUCAACAUCCUGGCAGGCCACGGGACUUUUGACUCGCUCAAGGAUCUGGACCCGUGGAUCUGCUACCUGUGUCAAGACCACCAAGACCACCGCGCUCUCAUCCCCAGAGAGGACUGGAGCAUUCGUGUACAGCAGUAUUUUGCGAACAACAGUGGAAUGGAGUUUGAGCCUCACCGUGUUUACCCAUCCAUCCCCACUAAUCUACGAAGACCUAUCCGAGUUCUCUCACUUUUUGACGGCAUUGCAACAGGAUACCAAGUACUGAAGGACCUUGGCUUUAAAAUCCAAAGGUACAUCGCCUCUGAGAUUUGUGAGGAUUCCAUCGCAGUAGGGGUCAUCAACCACGAUGGGAAGAUAAUCCAUGUUGGCGACACUCGCUGCAUCACCAAGGAACUAGUGGAGGAGUGGGGUCCUUUUGACCUACUUAUUGGUGGAAGCCCCUGCAAUGACCUGUCCAUUGUUAAUCCUAUCAGAAAAGGACUCUACGAGGGUUCAGGCAGGCUCUUCUUCGACUUCUACCGCAUUCUACAGUUGCUCAAACCCAGAGAGGAAGAUCACCGGCCAUUCUUCUGGCUGUUUGAAAACGUUGUCUUCAUGAACAUACACGACAAAGUUAACAUAUGCCGCUUCCUCGAGUGCAACCCAGUUCUGGUGGAUGCCGUCAAAGUGAGCCCCGCCCACAGAGCGCGAUACUUCUGGGGGAACAUCCCAGGAAUGAGCAGGCCCAUCACAGCUUCCCAGAGUGACAAGUUGAGUCUGCAGGACUGUUUGGAGCUCGGCAGGGAAGCCAGGGUCACUAAAGUGAGAACCAUAACCACAAACCCAAACUCACUGAAGCAGGGCAAAAAUGUCUCGCUACUUCCAGUCCUUCACCGGGGAAAAGAAGACAACCUCUGGAUCACGGAACUUGAAAAGAUCUUUGGCUUUCCGAAACAUUACACAGAUGUGAGGAACAUGAACCGUCAGCAAAGGCAGAAGGUUCUGGGCAAGGCGUGGAGCAUUCCCGUCAUUCGGCACCUCUUCGCCCCUCUCAAAGACUAUUUUGCCUGCGAGGAGCUCCCCACUGUCAGCAUGUCCUGCCCGGCUGCUGCCUCAAACACUCCUCUGUAGGUGCACAAGCUCAGCUAGAAAGAGAUUUAUGUUUUUUUUUUUUUUUUAAUAGGAUAACAUUGGUUGUAGUCGCUAAAGUCUUUUAAAAUACUUUUUUCAACAGGAACUUGAAGAUAUAGUAGGCCUAAUAGAACAGCGUAACAGCUUUUUGUGUGAUUUUACAUUUUUUAACUCAGGGAAAAAUAAUGUUUUUAUAGAGAAAUAUACAGUAUAUUUAGAUACACAGAGAAAUGCAAGGAACGAAUUGCUACAUGAAUAGUUCAUAAAAUGUGAUGUGAUCUUCACAAAAGUCACAACAAUGGGAACUGUAAUACCUUAAAAAAAUAUGUAUUCAAGUGUUUUACUGAGGACAGCUUGUUUUGCAAAUGUCACAAUGCAGUCUAGAAAUAAUGUGUUGAACCUUUGAAAUAAUAAGUAGUAGCAAUUCCUUUGAAAGCAGCAAUCUAAACCAAAACAUUUUCCAGAGAGCAGAUCUGCACGAUCUUUAGGAGGAAUAUUGAACCAUUUCUUUACAACUUGUUUCAAAUCAGCAUCACAAAGCAUCACAAUUGUGUUGAGGUCAGGACACUGGAUGGAGCAAUCCAGAGGGUAUAUUUUCAUUAAAUCACUUGUGUCACCCACCUUCUGUUAAGCUUGGUGAGAUUUUACUCUUUUAACAAACUAAUGCCCUGACUUUCUGAGGAUUCUGUGCAGUAUCUUAGCUGUUCCUAGGACUGAGGCUCCAGAUGUUUUUCCUGGGAUAUCUUGGAGCCAGUCUCCCAGUUUGGGGCUUACUGCCUCAAGUGCUCCCACUACCACGGGAACCACGUUAGCCUCACCUGCUUUUUCAGCCCUUGGUACUCCUCCACCUUAUCGUCUUCCUUCUUCCUGAUGUUGGAAUCAUCUGGUAUUGCCACAUCUAUCACCAUCACUGUUUUCUGCUCUUUGUCCACCAUUACAAUGUCCAGUUGGUUAGCAUGAAGUUUUUUGUUAGUCUGGAAGCUUGACUUUGACCUUGUUGUUACAGCCACGCUCUGUGGUGUGGCCCAUUGGGAUCUGAACGCUUCUAUUCUAUACUGGUUACAGAUGUUCCUGUACUAUCCCAGCCACUUGGUUGUGCCUUCCCAUGUACACUGAUCCAGCUAGCAUCUUACACCUUGCUACGAUGUCUCCGGAGCAUCUUUGCAUAGCCUGCACAUUGGGUGUAAUCUGCCAUAGUAGAUCUUGGCCUCUAAGGCCCUUGUACUUAGGGCCUGUUGUUCUCUGGGCCAGCAGAGACAGGAUAUUGGCCAGUAGUUGGAAGGGAUUGGUCCUUUUUGGGGGACAAUCUCUCUCUCUACCUUGUAUUGUGCUCUCUCAUGUACUGAAGUAAUAGUAGUUCCCUCACUGGAAGGUGAUGUUGCUCCUGGCCGGGAUAUGAAACCCUGACCGCCCGUACAAAUCAAGUGCCACUAACCAUUGUACUAUCUAGCUGCUAAAAUAUAUAUUUAUAUAUAAACAAAAAGGGGUUUUAGUUUCUUUUGUUAAAAGAAAGAUCUAUAAGCAUUUGUUUUAUACAUUAUACUGUAUAUAGUUUAUUAAUUUACCCAAAUCUUGUGCAAAUCCCAUUAACUGGUUUGUAAUACAAAUUGUGUUAUGUAAAUGUCUAACUGGAAUAUUUUAUGAGAGCGGUUGCGUGGGUAAUUUACAAAAAAAAAAAGAUGCUGUUGUUUUUGUCCCAUGUGUCAAGAACAAUCCUGUAAGAACUGAGUGCAGGCUAAUACGAUCCCCAAAAAGUCAAAAUAAGUGAAAAAGCCUGAAAUAUAAGUAAAAUACGUUUGUUGUUGAG